GCGCCUCCGACGCAGGUGCAGCUGGUCCACGAGGCCGGCCGGGGUCCCGUGCUGGAGGCGGUCGUGAGCCGCAUGAAGGCCCUGCAGCGUCACAACGGAACCCCGCUACGCAUCGUAGCGGUUUCGGCGCCCGUGCCCAAUGCCGCGGACCUGGCCUCCUGGUUAGGAACAGCGGACAACCCGGGAUGUCACCACACGUUCGGCGAGAGGCUGCGUCCCGUGCCCCUGCGGCGCCUGGUGCUGGGCUAUCCUUGCGCGGUCGGCACCAGCGACUUCCGCUUCGACAUGUCCCUGUCGUACAAGCUGCCCCUCGUCAUCGAGAACUACUCCGAGGGAAAGCCCACCAUCGUGUUCUGCUCGACGCGUAAGGGGGUCCUGCAGACGGCUGGCGUGGUGGCGGGCAACUGCAGCAGCCUCGUCCGGGAUGUACGCACCAGGGACCGGCUGCUCUGUGCGGCAGCCACGCUCAGAGACGCCAAGCUCAGAGAUGUGGUGCCCCGCGGCGUGGGCUUCCACCACGCGGGCCUGUGCCCGGAGGACCGGGGCGCCGUGGAGGCGUUGUUCCGCGAGGGCGGCCUGCCCGUGCUCGUGAGCACCAGCACGCUGGCCAUGGGCGUCAACCUGCCCGCUCACCUGGUCGUCGUCAAGUCCACCAGCACCUACGCCCUCGGGGGAACGGGGCUCUACCCGGACCUGGUCGUCGACCAGAUGCUGGGACGCGCUGGCAGGCCGCAGUUUGACGUGUCGGGAACUGCCGUCAUCAUGACCAAGCUGUCGCUCAAGCCCCGCUACGAGCAGCUGGUGCAAGGCACGCAGGCAAUGGAAAGCAGCCUGCACCGAAGCCUGGUGGAACACCUGAAUGCCGAGAUCGUGCUGCGCACGGUGCGGGACCUGGCCGGGUGCGUGACCUGGGCCAAGUCCACCUUCUUCUACGUGCGGCUCCGGAAGAACCCUGCACACUACGGUCAGCCCCGGGGUCUUGGCGAGCAGGGCGCACAAGACAAGCUUCACGAACUGUGCCGGGAGAGUGUGACUGCCCUCGUCCGCGCAUCGCUGGCCACGCUGGACGCCGACUCGGGAUGCCUGGAGCCCACGGGUGCCGGCCGCCUCAUGGCUCGCUACUGCAUCUCGCUAGACACAAUGGAGCGGUUCUCGCAGCUCCCGGCACGUCUCUCCCUGGAAACCCUGGUGGCGACGCUGUCCGGCUGCGCCGAGUACGCGGACGUGCAGCUCCGCACCAGCGAGAAGGCGGCCCUGAACAAGCUCAACGGCACCAAGCGGGCGCCGGGCAUCCGCAGUCAACAGGUUGAUCUGCUCAGCAGUCAACACAUCUAUGCAUUGGGCCCUGGGGUUUCCGCAGUGCUGCUGGAGUUCCUGCUGCUCCGGACCGAGUGCGGCUUCGGCGCGCUCCUGCAGGCGGUGGUCCUCCACAAGUGCAUCCAGGCCAGACUGUGGGAGGACUCGCUCCAUGUCGCCAGACAGAUCGACAAAAUCGGUGCGGCGACUCGUAUCGCUUUUGCUCUAAAGACCAGUAUGCCCCCGCAUCUCUAUAGUUACUCUGAGAGCACUCGUCAAGCUGGUCACUGCGAUCUCCGGAAGAGCUCUGCCAAACGACCGUGCUCAGAAAAACCACACAUCCACUUAGAAACUGACAUGACUGGUGUACCUGCUAACGUCGUUUCUAACUCCUGGUACGAACUCUCGUGUUUGGGUCAAGCCACCUAUUAG